GCUUUCAGAGGUACUUUUGCUGGUGUUUUGGUUGUUUGCCUUUAAAGACAAUUUUCUGAAAAAAUUUAACCGUUCAUUUUGUGCCCAUUUUUCCUGGUUUUUUCAACUGUUUCCUUGAAAGAUGAACUAUUUUUUCAGAUCAAUCUGUUACUGGACUUGGUCCAGAGCUUUCCUCAUUUUAAUUACUCUGGUUGCUCUUGGAUUGUCCAUCUAUCAAUACCUUGAGUUUAACGUGUCCAUUGCUCCUUUACCCUUGGUCGGUUGUAUUGUCAACUCAAUCUUUAUCCUUGUCAUUCUUCUUGGAACACCUUGUUUGGUCAAAUUUUACACUGGUCUCUUUGUCCUCUACGCACUGGCUCUAAUUAUCCUGGUCACUUCAAGCCAAGCUUCAAUCAACUUGAUUGAUUUUCCCGUCUCAAGAGUCCACAACCAUUCAGACGAUGCUCUGACAAUAUCUGUUAAGGCACUUUUACUUGUUGGUCUGUCCUGGUUUCUAGUUGCUGGUCAAGUCAUUGGAUCAAUGUUGUACUUAAAAGACCUUAAAGAUUAUACUUCUGGUUUUACUUCAAGAUUGUUUCUAGAUGAUUCCUAUCUUAAACCUUCACUACAUGCAGCUUCAUUUUCUGGUUCACUUCGAGACAGCCCAUUGUAAAGU